AAAGAAUAAGAUGAAAUCUUGACUAUAAAAUGGCAGCAAAAAUGUGCUUUUUUUAAACAUAUUCAGAGCGUAAAUAUAAUAGUAAAAUUUGUUUCAUUUAGGACUCAAACAUAUGUGUUUUCCCUAAAUAGGACUUGUAUCUUUUUUUUCCUUAUAUAAGAGUUAUUUUUGGGCGUGCAUCCAUUUUUACCCUUCUGGGGCCGAAAAUGCUUGGAUUUUUUAUUUUCUUUUUUUUAAUUUCCUUGGCAUAUUUAGAGGAUAAUUAUUAAUAAUUUCCCCCACUUUCUAGCCAUUAUCCCUUCAUUUACGCUCUAGUUCUUUAACUUCCCAUGGAUUUAGGUUUCCGUCUCCUACAUUUAUUCCGGCCACCACGAAAUUCUUCCGCCCAUCCCAGUAGCGCAAGGCGAUGUUUUCUUCAUUGCUGGCUUCUGUAUCUAGCAUUGUCCCAGUUUUCUCCACACCGACUGCCAUCCAUUCACUGCUCCAAUUCGACGGAAAAUGGGACAUUCAUGGCGUCUUCUCCUACACAUACGCAUAUGAAAUUCAGAUUCCGCAUCAGGCAUCAUUCACUGACUUGCUGCAGGUGAUUCGUAAUACGGUCCCAUCAUCAUAUGAGAAUUCUGUUUUUAAGAUUUCGCACAUCUCUGAUUCAUGUUCAAGUCAUGUUGUCAUUGACGAUGAUACCAGCCUUUACGCAUACAUUCGGUUGAAGAGCAUUCACUAUGGUGUAUGCGAAUUCCCUUUGUGCGUUGAAUUAACUAAUUUUUCAGAAACUAUCGUUUCUGAAGGAGGUUUAGUUCUUUCGGAGUUACAGCAGCAUCUUCUUUGUAAUAAUUCCGUCUCCAAUUCAAGCGGCUGCGAAGAUACAGAAUCAGAUGGGUCUCUCUCUGAUUUUGAAGCAAACCGAACCUUGUGCAUUUGGGACGAAGGCGAUAUACCAGCACAAAUGCGAUUUCCCCCCGGUUUUGUACUCGACACAUUUCGUGGAUAUGAAAUGCCUGAGAAUAAUGUCCAAACUAACGAGCUUGAUUGCAGUAACUACCUUCAAUCCAACCUGUCUAGUGAUGUAAUGUCUGAGCAGGACAUUGCCACAAUGAAGGAGAUGCACGUUACAUCUCGGUUCGACCCAACUAGAAUUGUUGUUGAUGCCAUUUAUGCCAGCAAAAAGGAUCUUGAUAUCCAUUUCAAGAUGUUAGCAAUUUCUAACCAGUUCCAGUACCGGAUCCAAACCUCCAAAAAUUAUCGCGCAUUAUAAUCGGUCAUUCACAUGUAUGUAAAUUACAUAUUACAGCCAAUAACCCAUUCCAGUUACCCUGCAUUUUUUAAAUACGUUCCAAAUCGGCCAUCUUUAAUCAAGCUAAAAUACGUUU